UAGGCCUGUCAGUCAACGAGCCCCACCAUCAGGAAGUGGCAGAAUCCCGGAAGUGAAGGCCGGAGCCUGUGAGGGUCUGUGACAGAGAGGGAGCGAAACUGAAACAGCGAAAAUAAAAGAUCAAAAAUAGAAAUAUAUAGAUCCGGGAAGCCGGGAGAACACGAAGCACACAACCAGCACAUCGCAACCAUAAGGACCCGUCUUUAGGUGGAGUGCCCUCCGAUUGUGUCAUCGUUCCCAGUUGGACGGCCAGCUUUUUUUUUGCUUCCCCCCCACCCCCCCCCGCAUAAAGGAGCUCCUGCACUUUACUUUGGCCAUGGCGGGUCGGGGAGGCGUGGCGCGAUCAAACGGGCUGGCUGCUGGAAACAAAAUCUGCCAAUUCAAACUGGUGCUCCUCGGGGAGUCCGCUGUAGGCAAAUCCAGUCUGGUGCUGCGCUUCGUAAAGGGACAGUUCCACGAGUACCAAGAAAGCACAAUCGGGGCUGCCUUCCUCACACAGACAGUCUGCUUGGACGACACAACGGUCAAAUUUGAGAUCUGGGACACGGCCGGGCAGGAGCGAUAUCACAGCCUGGCACCGAUGUAUUACAGAGGGGCUCAGGCCGCCAUCGUUGUUUAUGACAUCACUAAUACAGAUACAUUUACACGUGCUAAGAACUGGGUAAAGGAGCUUCAGAGACAAGCCAGUCCUAACAUAGUGAUUGCUUUGGCAGGCAACAAGUCUGACCUUGCAAACAAGAGAGCCGUGGAUUUCCAGGAAGCACAAGCGUAUGCUGAUGACAACAGUUUGCUGUUUAUGGAGACUUCUGCGAAGACCGCGAUGAAUGUUAAUGAAAUAUUUAUGGCUAUAGCCAAGAAACUCCCGAAGAACGAGCCCCAGAGUGCCACUGGCACGGCAAGCCGGUCUCGAGGAGUGGACCUAGAAGAGAACAGCCCACAGAGCCGGAGCCAGUGCUGCAGCCCCUAACCGAGAGAGAGAGAGAGGGGAAACAAAAUACAACCAAAAAAAAGAAAGCGACAUCGAGCGAAUCCAACUGAAAUCCAUUCUAACUAAUCGCACCUAACAGACCGAGCAGCUGACCAUUUAUUUUUGCUGCUCUGAUUUCUCUUCGAUCAUUGAUUAGGCUGGAGGGAAUUAUUCCACCAACAUCAUCAUCAUCUUCUUUAUCUGUACAAAUACUAAUUCAAUUUUAUGUCUUAAGUCACUUUUUUUAAUAUAUAUUGUAUGAACUUCUGCUCUUACCCUCUCUUCUGGUGGUGGAUGCAUGUAGCAAUUUUUUUUAUUUUUCCAACUCCCCCCGCCCCCCCUUCAAUUAAGGGCAUGGUGGUGGGGGGUACGCCUUCCCUUUCAGACUUGGCAAUGUUGUAGAUCAUUGUUAUUGUUAUUAUUAUUAUUAUUAAUGUUGUUUUUCUGGAGAAAACAAAACCGGAUACAAUUUUUAGAUUUGACCUUGUACUGUUUCCAAUCAUGUAUGUAAAACAAAGUACAGCAUAUGCAUAGUACAUUCACAGUCAUUAUAUACCAGGAAGUCAUUUUAGCAUUAAGAGAAUCUGUGAGGAAGAGGAAGAGGAAGAGGGGGACGGAGUCUGAAAGAUUUGACCAAAUCACACAAUUGUGAGUUUUGGAAUUUUUGUUUUUGUAUGUAUUUUCUUCAACAUGUAAUCAAUCAGUACUUACUAUUGUCAAUACAGUACCUUCCCAA